GUGGGAGUAAUAACCUUGUCUAAUAAUAAUCCCUGGAGUCAGCUGAUUAAUUCAUCAAAUAAACAUCUCGUAGUACUUUGUCUAUGCUGUGAUAAAUAGGUAGUUAUAAUUAUCUUCUCACAUUUCUCAAAUCAAAAAUCACUUCAUGAAAUAAUUCUGAAUAGGACUCAACUACGAACGGAUUUCCAUAAAAAGUAUUCAACUGUUUCAAUAUCCCUGUGAUGUUCAAUAUGAAUACCCAACAAUUGUUACUAUUUUUUAUAUUGUUGAAUACGGUAUAUUGUCAUAAUAAAUAUAGUAAGGACCUGAAUACACCAGAAGUUCCAGAGGAAGAUUCGGAUUUCAGGCCACAUUACUUACAACAUUUAGAUAAACCAUUUAGAAUGUCUAAACUGAACUUACUGUGGUCCAAGGCUGUAGUUAGGCUCUCUGAACCUAAACUGAAAUCCUUGCUUGGGGAUCUGAAGUUACACGAUAAAUUAGAAAUAACAUAUAAACAUGAUAGAGCUCAAGGAAAGGAUAAAGAUGGAUUGAAAGAGGAAGAACUACGAAACAAAUUAAAAAGGAUAAUGUUAAAUUAUAAUUUAUUAGAUCAGAUUGAAUCUGUUGAUGAUGGGGGGCAUAAAGCAAUGAAUAGUGCUUCCAAUAAAUAUAUAAACAAGAGUUUAUUCAGGGAUAAAAAAUUAAGCAAAUUAUGGGAAAAAGCUGAGCAUUCAGGGUUUACUGCUGAUGAAUUAGAAACUCUCAGGGAAGAAUUUUUACAUCAUCAGAAUAAAGUUGAUCAAUAUUAUGCACUACUACAUGAAGUGAAGAAUAAUACAGAUGAUAAAGUUCAUGAAAAUUCUAUUGAUGAAAAAUUGGAUAAAUUCAACGAAAUUGAUAGAGCAGAGGAAAAUGACAAGCCAAACAAGGAUUAUUUACAUAAGGCUAAUUUAAUUAGAGAACAAAGUAAAGUGAUAAAAGAAGGUUACGAUCAUUUAGCUCUACUCACAGCUAAAGGACCUAGUAGUAGAGAAUUUGUUGAGCCUAAAGUUCAAGGUCUAUGGAAAAUAGCUGUAGAAUCUGAAUUUUCCCCAGAUGAAUUGGAGUCUUUGAGAGUUGAGUUAUUACAUUAUGAGAAUAGGCUGAUGAAACUGAGGCAUCUACAAGCAGAACAAGCUAUCAACGAAGAAAAAUUCAAUUUACAUAAAGCAGCUUUAGGAAGUAAACCUGGAGAUGAAUCCUUUGUGAAAGACCAAAUAAAAAAACAUGCAAGGAAAGUAGAAAAAAUUCAUUUGGACUUAGAAAGUCGCAUUCUAGAAAGACAUGGAGGUGAGCUCUGAGUAUAACUUCUGGAUUACAUGAAUAACAAAAUGAAAAGAUCUGAUUAGACCGGACCCUUCCAAUGGAAAGAUUUCUUUUAAUUCUAUUUAUUGCCUUAAUCAUUCAACAAUCCUUAACAUUUUGCUGGCUAUUGUAUCCAAGUGAUCAUAAAGUUUAUAUUGUGCUUUCAUUGAUAGGGAAAGGAAGGAAACCUGGGGUCUGCACUCCGUGCACUGGCACAGUCUAAAUUAGCUGAUGACUGGAAAGGCCUUUGAGUAUAUCACCUUUAUGUGGUGUGUUCAACAACUUACUUUAAUCCUUGAGUAGUUAAUUUUCAUCAAAAUUAAAUACCUAGAAAAAAUCACAAAAUAUGCUAAAAACAAUAUGAUUUUUUUAUCAUAUCACUUGGAUUUGAUAGCUGACAUAAUUUGUUGCAAAAGGGUAUCUAAAAUGAACAAAUAUAAUUGAAAAAAGAUUUUUUUUGUAUGAGCUCUUUCUCAAGUAUUUACAAGGUAGGAAAGCGCCUCUGAACUUGUCCAUUCAAUAGGAAAGUAUUGAGGUCUCAUAUACUCUAGAAUAGAAUUUAUAUUACUUCUCUAUUUUCUGUAAAAAUUUAUAAUAUAUAUAUUUAUAAUA